AUGAGGACCAGAACAAACCAUGAAGAGAGACUGAACAUACAUCGAGAAGGAGAAGAGAAGCAGAUAGCCCUGUGUCUCCAGCCACCUGCCAUACAUCUUCUGCCAGUUACACACACCUGCAAAGGGGGUUUUUCCUCUGUGGUGGCUCUGGGGGCCAGCAUCAUCUGUAACAAGAUCCCGGGUUUAGCUCCUAGACAGAGGGCAAUCUGUCAGAGCAGACCCGAUGCUAUCAUAGUGAUCGGAGAAGGGUCUCAAAUGGGAAUCAACGAAUGUCAAUUUCAAUUCCGAAAUGGACGCUGGAAUUGCUCUGCCUUGGGGGAAAGGACGGUCUUUGGAAAAGAGCUGAAAGUGGGUAGCAGAGAAGCAGCAUUCACAUAUGCCAUCAUCGCCGCUGGAGUAGCACAUGCGAUCACUGCUGCCUGUACCCAGGGAAACCUAAGCGACUGUGGCUGUGAUAAAGAAAAACAGGGACAAUACCAUAAAGACGAAGGAUGGAAAUGGGGAGGCUGUUCUGCUGACAUCAGAUAUGGAAUAGGAUUUGCCAAAGUGUUUGUGGAUGCAAGGGAGAUUAAACAGAAUGCAAGGACUCUCAUGAACUUGCACAACAACGAGGCGGGACGUAAGAUUCUUGAAGAAAACAUGAAAUUAGAGUGCAAGUGCCAUGGAGUUUCAGGAUCUUGUACUACUAAGACAUGCUGGACAACCCUUCCUAAAUUCCGGGAGCUGGGCUACAUCCUUAAGGACAAAUACAAUGAAGCUGUUCAGGUUGAACCGGUGAGGGCAAGUCGCAACAAGCGUCCAACCUUCCUUAAAAUAAAGAAGCCACUGUCCUACCGCAAACCCAUGGAUACAGAUUUAGUGUACAUAGAAAAAUCUCCAAAUUACUGUGAAGAAGACCCUGUCACUGGCAGUGUGGGAACACAGGGCAGAAUGUGCAACAAAACAGCCCAGCAGACCAAUGGCUGUGAUCUGAUGUGUUGUGGUCGAGGUUACAAUACACACCAGUACUCACGAGUGUGGCAGUGCAACUGUAAAUUUCAUUGGUGCUGCUACGUAAAGUGUAAUACGUGCAGUGAAAGAACAGAAGUGUACACCUGUAAAUGA